ACUCCGUCUACUCGGCCGACACGAUGAGUGCUCCUCCGCCAGGCGUGAGCCCUGCCUCGCGACAGCCUUCAACCACUCCCAACAAUGGUCAAGGCGCCAUCCGUCGCAGAAAGCCCACCGGUCCAUUUGCGCCAAAGCCCUCUCGCAACCAAGCAAAGCGUCCCCCUGCUCCUCCGCCGCAAAAACUCACCGGUGCCACCAAGCCUCUCGCUGCUGCUGCUGCCGUUCAGUCACAGCCCGAACCCGAGGAUGAUCCCUCUAUGUACAGCGAGAUUCCGCUCAUGGCGACAAAGAAGGCCCUUCUCGAAGGUCUCCGCUUUCACGCCAUCAAGUUCAUCUCCAACAACGUCGUCAAUCCAUACGACAAAGCCCAGUUCGAGCGCCCUGUCAAACUCCAUCGCCGUUUUCCUCAGGAUACACCCAGUGCGCCUGUUGAUGCCAAUCCCGAAGACGACAAGGAUCGCGAGAAGGAGGCUAUCCGGAAGGCAGAGAAGGCUGCAGAAAGAGAAGCCACCCAGGCUCAGAUUGCUCCGACAGACAAGGCAGCUGCCGCANAAAAGCGUCAACCUUUCAAGAAGAAGACUGAGGAUGUCUACUAUCCCACAGACACGCCCGAAGCCCAGAAGCGUGCCAGGUUGCGCUACGAAGAAGGUCGCCCUUGGCAUCUUGAAGAUUUUGAAAAUAAGAACAUAUGGAUUGGUACAUACGAAGAACCUCUGUCCGAGUCAAACGUAAUGUUUGUAUUCGACAAUGGCCGCUUCAGAAUGGUUCCCAUCGAAAAGUGGUACCGCUUCAACCCUACAGGCCGCGUCCCGCUGCUUACCCAGGCGGAAGCUGAAGCUGUCAUGGAGAAGCGAGAGAAAGGCCCAAGAUGGUUCUUGGAGAAUGACCAUGGUCGCGAGAAGAAACGUGCCGAGCUUGCAAGGCAAGAACGUCUAACUAGAGGAAGAGUGGGUACUCGAGGUGAGCAUCGCGUCAAGGAUGAAGACGAUGAUGGCAACGAGAACGUGGAUGUUGCCGAUGACGUGGACGAGCUGGACUUUGAAGCCGAGGAUGAAUUCCAAGACGACGACGAGGGCAAACUAUUCGGAGAUGACGAGGAGGAAGCCAAAGAAGCUGCAUCAAAGAUCAAAAAGGAGCGACACGAAGCGAACAUCUUUGCUGGCACCGGUGUCAAAGACGAGAAGGAUUGGAGCAUCUCGAGAAGCAAAGGGAGCGCGACGAGAAGAAAAAAAGCAAAGAAACUGCGUAAGAAGCUGGUCAAGAUUGAAAAGAACUACGAGUAUGAUGAUGACGAGAGUGACAAUCCAUACUCGGAGGAGGCAAGUUUGAUUUCUGUUGCUCCUUGUCGAGAAGAAUCCGACGACUCGGAUAUUGAGCGUCAACGUGAGGAGGACGAACGCAAGAAGGAGGAAGAACUCAAGGCAAAUGGUGACAAACAGGCAUCUCAGAUGUCGACCAACACCAACACACCAUCAGGCCGUGCUGAAAAGCAUGCUGGUGGUCUGCAGCCAAAACAAUCCAUGUCAAGCCUCAAGCGUCCUGGCUCACCCAAUCUGUCAGAGACCAGUGGCAGUGAGUCGAUCAAUCACAAGCGCAUGAAGAAGCAACACCGACGCGACAUGUCGGGAGCUACAUCACCUAUUGGGCGUCUUGCCGGCUCGGGCAGCGAUACGGAGACUGAAAGACGUCCUCGCAACCUGACCUUGAACCCUAGAUCCACCCCCGGAUCGCCCGGCAACGCGACCCCCAUCGGCUCACGCGCCGGCAGCCCCGUACCUAUGCCGACGGCGGACGAGAUCAGGGCUGCCAUUCCUCCUGCUGGUAUAAGCAUUCCGGAGCUGAUCAAGAGAUUCAGGGAGCAGGUGCCCAAGACCAAGGAAGGCAACAAGGCCUUUAUCCAAUUGGUCUUGAGUGUGGCCAAGGCCAUGCCCGGCGCCCCCGGCCUUGUCGGUCUGAGA